UGGCUGGAAGCUUCCAUCGUGAGAGCGAGCGAGAGCGAGAGAGACGUACAGAUAGACUCACGAGGGGUUAGUUGCGCGAAGGGGCGAGCAGAGGAGGAGAACGAUGGACGCGGAGAGGAAGGGGGUAGCAGAGGAACCCCGAGCCUAGUGUACGCGCUAGGUUAUUAUCUAUUGCCGCCGACGAAGAGGGCAGUGCCGACGGCAGGGCGCCCACGCACGCUUUUGGCAAGCGGAUCCACGUCGCUCGGCGUUAACGGCGUCGUCGCCGUCGCCGCCACCGUCGACGACGCGACGCGACGCGAGUCGCCAGUACGCCGUGCCGUGCAGUGCUGCUGUGUCGGUCGUUCCGUCGGUCGUUCGGUCGGUCGAUAGAGGCACGCCGAAGGCGAAGGUGCGACGUGUACGUCCGCUUCCGAUGUGUCGCCCGUCCGUGUCUCGUAAUGCGGCGCGCCCGUUAUCGUCGUCGCGCUCCCCCGCGUACCUCCGCCGCGUCGCCGACGUCCUCGGGCCGUCUCGGCCCCGCGUCGAUCAGACCUCGCGCUCACCGCCGAGCAACUACUCCGUGAAGACUUGAGAGCGCCGCGGUAUUCGCAAGCGGUGCGUAAGACGAGCAGGACCGCUGCCGCUCUCGUCCUCGGUCGUCGUCGUCGUCGUUAUCAUCGUCGUCGCCGUGGACGCCGAGACACACCGUGUUUUCCACCGUCCUUUCGAUUCGGCGGACGAAUCGAAUCGUGAGAUACGAAAUAUUGAAGCCUCUAACGUGUGCCUACGUUGCUCCGCUCGUCCGCGUAGACUCGCCGAGCCGGGUACGAGGACGCUCGGAUCUGAUCGCUGUCGCGAGCCAAAAACCAGUAGCCCGCUUUGGAGGUCUCUUCCAUUUGGGGAUGCGAUCGCAGCUGGGUCCUCGUUCGAUCUCCGGGCCAAGUGCGAGCAAGUUUUGGGGAAGAACGGUGCGGCGAGGACGUCUUCCGGCGCCGCUUGGCGCGAGGGACACGGACCACGGCGAGCAGCUGUCAUCGUAGCGCGCGACGUCCCAGCGAAGCAGCUGAGCGGUGUGUGAGUCACGCUUAAUUAUUGGAUUUGACGUUCUAACGAUUUACGGCCGACGAUAAUCGUCGCCGGCGUUCGUCGUGCGAUCACCGGGUCCACGUCCAAUCGCUGCGCCGCGGCAAUCAGCGUCAACGCGAGCAGCGAUGCGAGCGGGUCCUCCGUUCAUCCUCGGCGGACAUUACGAGCGAGUUACGACGACAAGUACGGGAAACGUGCUGCCGUGAUUCUCGCGAAAUAGCGGGGCAAACGAAGAAUCAUUUAUCACUGGGAAAAGGCUUUGAGAAGCAACAACAGCGGAAGCGGAAGUUGAUCUUGUCGCGCCUGAGCAAGCUCGCUGCAACUCGACGCGUGCACGCAAGUCAAUCUGCUGCACAGCACGGCGACCGGGGAACGAUCACGCCGCGCGGGGACACGCGGGACGGCGCGCGCGCGUAUACGAUCGCACCCUCGUGAAGGGUAGCAGGCAGCCGCCGGUAAGCCAACCGGCGAAUCGCCCCUGCCGAUCCCGGGGUGCAGCUUUGGCUGUUGCCGCGCGGGGAUCAAGGGGAGUUGGAAACGCAGGGUAAACACGCGGCGUGCGAGCGUGUGCCCUUCGUCCCGGUGGCGGUUCCCUUCUGAUGGUACUGCUGCGGCCGACAGCAGUGACUCACCGGCGAGCGACGUGCGCGGUCGACGGCGCGGAUCGUCCACGACAGAUCGCGCCGCCAUGGUGUCCCAUAACCGCAUCCCCACGAUGAUCGCCCGCGCGCUGCUCCUCGCCGUCGUUCUCCUGUGGUGUCCAGGAGGCGGCGGCACCGCCGGUCCCGCGCCGUUUCACGAGCUGGGCUCCGGGUCGGCGGAGCAGCACCCGGUGGCGCAUGGACCGCAAAUCGACACCGGCGACUUCUCAGGGGACCCUUACGGCGCGUACCCUGGCCUGGGCUUCGGGCCCAUGGGCCCGGUCGCUCGCUCGGCCCUACCGAACGACGCCACCCUGCGCAGCCUCUCGAGCAGCAGCAACGACGGCGAUGACGGAUCCGGCCAGCACCCCAAGGACUCGCAGGUCGCCGCGCGCUCCGCCGACGCCGACGUCGAGGUCUCACCGAAGCCGGAGUACCACAUCAUCAGCGUGGAAUUCCCGCGGGUCGAGACGCCCUUUGUUAUCGGAAUUUGGAUCUUCUUCGCCAGCAUCGCGAAAAUUGGUUUCCACAUGACGCCGAAGCUCAACAAGAUAUUUCCGGAGUCCUGCCUGCUGAUCACCGUCGGCGUGGUUGUCGGCCUCUUGCUGUUCCAAGCGACGAGCGUCCACGUAUCGCCUCUCACCCCCGACACCUUCUUUCUGUACAUGCUGCCGCCCAUCAUCCUGGACGCUGGCUACUUCAUGCCGAAUCGGCUGUUCUUCGACCACCUCGGGACGAUACUCCUGUUCGCCGUCAUUGGGACUAUAUUUAACACGCUGUCGAUAGGUGUAUCGCUGUGGCUGCUGGGGAAAAGCGGCAUAUUCGGCUGCGAGACUCCCAUCCUCGACAUGUUCCUGUUCUCGGCGCUAAUCAGCGCGGUCGAUCCGGUGGCCGUGCUGGCGGUCUUCGAGGAGAUCCACGUGAAUGAGAUACUGUACAUCGUCGUGUUCGGCGAGAGUUUACUGAACGAUGCGGUCACUGUCGUGCUCUAUCACAUGUUCGAGGCGUACAGCGAGAUGGGCCCUUCCAGGAUCAUCUACACGGAUGUGCUAGCGGGCCUAGCGUCGUUCUUGGUGGUGGCGAUCGGCGGCACGAUCAUAGGUAUAAUCUGGGGCUUCGCCACUGGCUUCGUCACUAGGUUUACCCACCAGGUGCGCGUAAUCGAGCCGAUCUUCAUAUUCGUGAUGGCGUACUUGGCAUACCUGAACGCGGAGAUCUUCCACAUGUCUGGCAUAUUGGCGAUAACUUUCUGCGGCAUCACCAUGAAAAACUACGUCGAAGCCAAUAUAUCGCACAAGUCCCACACGACCAUCAAAUAUACGAUGAAGAUGCUGUCGAGCAGCUCGGAGACCAUCAUAUUCAUGUUCCUCGGUGUCGCCACGGUGAACAACAAGCACAACUGGAAUACGUGGUUCAUCGUCAUGACCAUACUUUUCUGCUCGGUCUAUCGCACCGUAGGCGUGAUAGUGCUGACGGCGCUGGCGAACCAGUUCCGGCUGCACAAGCUGGACAAAGUGGAGAAGUUCGUGAUGUCAUACGGCGGCUUACGGGGUGCCGUGGCGUUCGCUCUGGUGCUCCUGAUCGAUCCGAAACACGUGCCGCUGCAGCCGAUGUUCGUCACCACCACCAUCGCCGUAAUCUAUUUCACCGUGUUCAUCCAGGGGAUCUCCAUCAAACCCCUCGUCAGAUUCCUCAAUGUCAAGAGGGCCGAGAAGAGGAAGCCGACCAUGAACGAGAGGAUCCACGAGAAGAUAAUGGAUCACACGAUGGCGGGUAUCGAGGACAUUCUGGGGAAGCACGGCAACUACCACGUGCGGGAUAAAUUCAAGCGGUUCGACAACAAAUUCAUCCGGCCUUAUCUGGUGAGGGAUCACUGCGGUGCCGAGCCAAAGAUCCUCGAGACCUAUUCGAAGCUGGCGAUGAAGGACGCACUGGAUUACAUAAGGAGGAACGCCUCGACGAUUGGCAACAUCAGCGGCACCGAGAGCAUGUCCGCGAUAUUCCGUAAUUACAGCAACACCGGACAAUUCAAUGGGAGUCCCAGCUGCAGCCAGCUCGAGGCGGGAUGGAAUAUCGAUCUGCAGGAGCUGGAGUACAAUCCUUCCAAAAAAGACCUGACGGACGCGAGAAUUCACCAUCUGCUCGCCGAGGAGCUUUGUAAACCAUACAAAAGGCAUCGGCGCUUGAGCUACAGCCGGCACGCGGUAAACGAUCGCGAUCUGUCGACGCAAGUCAAUUACAAGAUGCACAUGAACAUUCGGCGGAUGAUGGGAGAGCACAAGCAUCGCCACAAACGCAGCAAGAAGCUGGUCAAAGACGGCAAACAGAACCACGUUAGCUUUCCAGAAUUCCAGCAGAACGGCUCGACGAAAUUAUUCACGCAAGAUUACAUCAACGGCGUGCUGUAUGAGCUGGAGAACGAGGAGACCUCGAAGCAAACCUCCAGCAAAGAGGAUUGGGACUCGGCGAUCACAUUUACCGCGCGGACUUCCGAGUCGCCCAAUGUAAACGCGGACAAUCAACAUGCUACCACCGCUACUACGUCGAUGGACACGAUAAAUACGGACGAGGGAGACUUGAGAAUAGGACGCGACGGUGCGGAAGGCUACAGGGUAACCACCCCCACGGCCACGGAAACUAUGUUACCGUGGAAACGUGAGGACGAUUACGAGUCGGGCCAUCCGAUCAAGCAGAACGAGUUCCCGCCUUGGUGCUCCAACAAGGAAUACCUCGCCUACAGCUCGCCGUCCGCCACUUUCUUAGGUGGAAUCGAACAGCCGAAAGUCCAAUCCGUGAUUGGCCUAUUUCGACGGGAGAGCGUGUGCACGCCUGACAGUAUCGAUUGCCAGGAGACCGUCGACGAAGUGGAUGAAACGGACGAGUACAUCGCCGCGCAAAUGGAAUCCCCCGCGAAAACCAAGGGUCCGCGGGUACCCGCGAGAAGGGUGUCAAUGAUGGAGCUCGGCUGCUUCGACCGGACGGACAGAACGGCGGACAACGCUUCCCACUCAUUGCCGGAUUGUUGGGGCGUCCAGAGGCGACGUCUUAACUCGUUCGCGUGCUCACCCGGCCUGCCGAGCCUGUCAACCGCCCUGAUCACCUCCUCCACGUCAGAAUCAUCAGAGGACAUCGACGAUGAGGAAGAGGAGAAAGCUUGACCCUUGGGGGCCGUCGCCGAGGAGCAGUCGUCCGCGUACGUGGACGUCGAGCGUCGACGGCGUCGGCCCUUCCGGCGACCGCCACGGCGCACGUUGCUCACUUCGCUCCUGCGACGCCCGAGUGCCCCCGUUUGAGAAUACCUGCCCCUAACAAGCCGCCUUCCGCGCCAGAGAUCUUACGACUCCUCAUCCGAGUCUCGUUAAUGCGAGCGGAGUCUGCAGAUCUGCGCGAGAACUGGUCUCAAGACGGGAGAAUGUUCUGCUCGCGAGAGAGACGCGUUAAUGUUCUUUCUGAUUGGGUUUCGUUGGUAAAGGAAAACGCGAAAGAAUUUUCGUCGAUUCGCUGGGAAGGAUUGCGCGAGGAGAGACAAGAGAGUGGGACAGAGAGAUAUUUUUCUAAAAGUUAAAGCGAUGCAUGAGUUUCUCCUAGUUUUCGUGAGUAAGCGCGACGAAGCGGCGAAUGCCGUUUGCGAAUUGAAACGUGGGAGCUUUUGCUUGAGUUCGAUAUCCUGAUCGCUCGCGAAGGGGGACAGGAGGGACAGCAGGAAACAGGAAUUUGGACCGCUGUCGCUUCCUCCGAAAACCCGGCUUGAGACGCGUUCAAUAACAAAGGCGCUUGUUAGGAGCAUGGGCUAAUUUUUAAAUCCGUCUCUAAGACGUCGUGGCCUUAAGGACUGUGGAACUACUCGUUGUACUCGCCGUCGCCCUCGUCGGCGGCGGUAAUUUCACUUGUCGAUGCAAAAAUCUUCUAAAAAAAACAAGCGCGUCGCCAAGCUUGCCUCCAGAUUUAUCUACCAGAAUAUUCAGAGUACCCUCCUCUUGGGGGUUGAUUCGACGGUGAAUGCGCACCGAAAUCGCAUUAUUCGAUCAUCGCUGAUAUGUGCUGCGCGAUUCAGGCUGCGAUCAGACUACCGACUUCACAAGAAGCCAUUUUCGAAGUCUAGUUAGUUCUCGAAGUCUAGUUAGAUGCUUAAGUGCACGAGCAAGCUUAACUAAAACGACAUUUGACGAGAUUAGAGUAGAAUAUCCUUAUGCAUAGGUUGUGGUGGAACGUUUCUCGUACUCGAGCGUGAAUAAUUGCUUACUUCGCCAGAUCAAACUCUAGAAGAAUUCAUAGUCUUAUUUCAUCUCUACUGUAAUAUCUUUUCACAUUUUCUCGACGACAUUUUUAUGUUUUUUUUUUAAAUAAGAUUUUUGUGUUUAAGUUCGCGCGAAGAGACAUUUCACUCCUCAAAUUGUCAAUUACUGAUACUGCAAAUUAAUGACCAGUUACAAACAACAUUUCUAACAAUGACGAAGCGUGACUUUGUUAAAUCGCCAUAAUCAAAAGUUGUACAUUCGCGUGUAACUUUACGAUUUCCAAAACUGUAUGUGAUUCAUCUGCGUCAAGGAGCCCGAAUUCGUUAGUCUGAUGUCGCAGCCUCACACGAGAUUCUGGCAACCAGGUCUCGUGAUCCUGACGCAUGUACGCACGCAUGCAUGCAUGCAUCUACGCGAGUACGAGUCGCGUAGAGUUAUAUAUAGUUCCAGCUGAAUUUAGGACUCUUCCUUUACGAGUGAACGGACGCGCAGUCAACGAUACGGCUACCGUCUUGCUAAAACAAACGAGACGAACGGGCCAGAUGUGUGACACCGGCGCGCCGUUCUCCCUUUGUAUGGCCUUAAAAACUAAAAGAAAAAUUCUUUCCAGUAAGUAAGAUACUCGUGAGUAACGUACGAUGCGCGCGUGGUAGGCACAGUACCGUCGAUACCGGCCACGCGGCAUCGCUUGGUCAAUACUUAGCUACGUAAAAGCCGCAGUAUGUACAUACGAGUUUUCUUAGAGGCGGUACUAGACGAAUUGCCAGCAUCCUCAUCCGUUUCAUUCUUCAGCUGCAUCUUCAUCCAAACUAUUUUUGUUAUCAUUUAUUAGUAUUAUUUUAGCGACGGUCUGAAAGAGAGAGAAAAUUUAACAGAAAAGAGAAGAGAGAAAAGAGAAAGAAACGGAAUACAAUCACUUGGGACACACGUUCGCUGCUCUAGUUCUUAUUGUUACUCUUGUUACCGUCGCUAGUACGUGACUAUACUAAAAAUCUACUCUGUACUAAUAAUCAAUAAUUAUAGCUAUCGCUCGGCGCAAGCGGGAAGCGGAAACGUCGAGUUCUGCUAGAUUCUCGAGGGGAACAAUUUUCCGGCAGAACUUGUUCGAUGACCGGAGGCUUAUUUUUGACUGUCGAGUUGUCGAGAGCGAAUGAGAUCACGUCAGGACGUGUGGAACCUUGUCAUCGAGCGUUCCGGAUAAUUCCGCACGCGGAAACCAUUCCGCCGUCAUCUUCACGCUAGUCGCACCCAACAACGCGAUCAAUAGAGUUUUAUUAACGAUUAGCUUAGAAUUCUCAGAUGAAACUGGACUUUUUUGAUCCUUGAUCAGGUCACCCCAUGAUUCAUGGGGAGUUUGCGGCAUUUUUAUACGCUUAUACCUCCUACCGGAUCAAGCCUGUCCGAGUUUAAUGAACAGAACACUGCUAUUUUCGUCCCAGUAACUGAAAAAAAGUAGAAACACUGGACAAUAUAGAAAGAAAUCUUUGGAUUUAAUUUAAGUUAGCUAGAAAUUAAUAAAAAUAACGUAUAUAAGUUAAUUAUUAAGUUCAGCAUCUCUAGAUUAGUUAAAGCUUGAGUCUGGCGUUCCCAUCUUUUCGUUCACUCAUUACAUUGUAGUCUACAGCUGUUACUGAUCAGUUGAGAUGGUUAAAAAACGAAUAGAUUGGAGAUAAUGAGGUCCAUUUGCUCGAUAAACUUGGACAGGCUUGUUCUAGCGAACGCAUCAUAUUGCGGGGUACUUAAUUUAGCGUGCGUAAUCCCUGAUGCUAAGUCACUUUUGCAUCUAUACAACGGUGACAGGGUAUAAGCUCGUUUUAUGGAAAAAAAGAAGAAAAUCGACAAAAAGAGAAAAACGGAAAGUUUCUUACGACGAUAGUGGUAAAAUGAAAAUAAAAUGAUUUUGCACGGAUUUGGAGGUUCCCCUCGAAACGGAAUAUUCCUCGCGGCCUUUAGUUACUUAGACUGGAUAAAGAAAAGAAACGUCGGACUAGUCUCUAGACACUAGUCUCUACACUGUUGAUUUGUUAAAGAAAAAUAAAUGUUUAUUUC